AUGCUGGUUCCAUACCAACGACAAUACUAUCAGAAACAACAUCCACUGGCACAGAAAUUUCAAUCCACAUCUGCAGCCACAUCUAACACAGAAGUUUACACAAAAAACACAGAGUCUCCUGCACUGACCACAUUGGCUUCCACAGCCACCACAUUCUCACCAGAAACAACCACACAAGCUGAAACUUCAUCCACAUUUGCUGCCACAACUGGCAAACAGUUUUCCACAACAACCACAGAGACUGCCCCAACACCCACAGAGGUGUCCACAACUAACAAAGGGGUUGAAAUAUCAACCAUAUCUGGUGCCUCAACAAACACAGAGGUUUCCACAAAAAACACAGAGUCUGCCGCAUUGACCACAGUUGCUUCCACAGCCACCACAUUCUCACCAGAAACAACCACACAAGCUGAAACUUCAUCCACAUUUGCUGCCACAACUGGCAAACAGUUUGCCACAACAAACACAGAGACUGCCCCAACAACCACAGAGGUGUCCACAACAACAAAAGGGGUUGUAAUAUCAACCAUUUCUGGUGCCUCAACUAACACAGAGGUUUCCACAAUAAACACAGAGUCUGCCACAUUGAACACAGUGGCUUCCACAGCAAUCACAUUCUCACAUGAAACAACCACACCGGCUGAAACUUCAUCCACAUUUGCUGCCACAACUGGCAAACAGUUUGCCAAAACAAACACAGAGAGUGCCCCAUCAACCACAGAGUUGUCCACAGCAACCAAAAGGGUUGCAACACCAACAACUUCUGGUGCCACAACUAACACAAAGUCUGCCACAACAACAACAUCCUCACCACAAACCACUAAUGAAGUUGUAAUGACAUCCACAUAUUCUACGAAAGCAAACAGUGGUGUUGAAACCACAACUGAAACUGCCAGUACAAACACAGAGGUUACCACAAUAACUGAUGCUGGUUCCAUACCAACGACAAUACUAUCAGAAACAACAUCCACUGGCACAGAAAUUUCAUCCACAUCUGCAGCCACAUCUAACACAGAAGUUUCCACAAAAAACACAGAGUCUCCUGCAUUGACCACAUUGGCUUCCACAGCCACCACAUUCUCACCAGAAACAACCACACAAGCUGAAACUUCAUCCACAUUUGCUGCCACAACUGGCAAACAGUUUUCCACAACAACCACAGAGACUGCCCCAACACCCACAGAGGUGUCCACAACUAACAAAGGGGUUGAAAUAUCAACCAUAUCUGGUGCCUCAACAAACACAGAGGUUUCCACAAAAAACACAGAGUCUGCCGCAUUGACCACAGUUGCUUCCACAGCCACCACAUUCUCACCAGAAACAACCACACAAGCUGAAACUUCAUCCACAUUUGCUGCCACAACUGGCAAACAGUUUGCCACAACAAACACAGAGACUGCCCCAACAACCACAGAGGUGUCCACAACAACAAAAGGGGUUGUAAUAUCAACCAUUUCUGGUGCCUCAACUAACACAGAGGUUUCCACAAUAAACACAGAGUCUGCCACAUUGAACACAGUGGCUUCCACAGCAAUCACAUUCUCACAUGAAACAACCACACCGGCUGAAACUUCAUCCACAUUUGCUGCCACAACUGAGGUGUCCACAACUAACAAAGGGGUUGAAAUAUCAACCAUAUCUGGUUCCACAACUAACACAGAGGUUUCCAGAAAAAACACAGAGUCUGCCACAUUGACCAUUGUGGCUUCCACAGCAAAAACUUUCUCACCAGAAUCAACCACACAAGCUGAAACUUCAUCCACAUUUGCUGCCACAACUGGCAAACAGUUUGCCACAACAAACUCAGAGACCGUCCCAACAACCACAGAGGUGUCCACAACAACAAAAGGGGUUGUAAUAUCAACCAUUUCUGGUGCCUCAACUAACACAGAGGUUUCCACAAUAAACACAGAGUCUGCCACAUUGAACACAGUGGCAUCCACAGCAAUCACAUUCUCACAUGAAACAACCACACCGGCUGAAACUUCAUCCACAUUUGCUGCCACAACUGGCAAACAGUUUACCACAACAACCACAAAGCCUGCCUCAACAUACACAUCCUCACCAAAAACCACCAAAGAAGAUGUACUGACAUCCACCUCUUCUGAGACAGCAAACACAGGUAUUGAAACUACACAUGAAUUUGCCAGUACAAACUCAAAGGCUGCCACAACAACUACUUCUGAUCCCACAUCAACGACAGUGAAAUCCGUAAUAACAUCCACAGUGUCUGAAACAUCAUCCGCAUCUGCUGCCACAACUACCACAAAGUCUGCCACAACAACAACAUCCUCACCACAAACCACUAAUGAAGUUGUAAUGACAUCCACAUAUUCUACGAAAGCAAACAGUGGUGUUGAAACCACAACUGAAACUGCCAGUACAAACACAGAGGUUACCACAAUAACUGAUGCUGGUUCCAUACCAACGACAAUACUAUCAGAAACAACAUCCACUGGCACAGAAAUUUCAUCCACAUCUGCAGCCACAUCUAACACAGAAGUUUCCACAAAAAACACAGAGUCUCCUGCAUUGACCACAUUGGCUUCCACAGCCACCACAUUCUCACCAGAAACAACCACACAAGCUGAAACUUCAUCCACAUUUGCUGCCACAACUGGCAAACAGUUUUCCACAACAACCACAGAGACUGCCCCAACACCCACAGAGGCAUUACAACAACAGAGUUUGCCACAACAACCACAAAUGUCUGCCUCAACAUACACAUCCUCACCAAAAACCACCAAAGAAGUUGUAAUGACAUCCACCUCUUCUGAGAGAGCAAACACAGGUGUUGAAACUACACAUGAAUUUGCCAGUACAAACACAGAGGCUGCCACAAAAACUACUUCUGGUCCCACAUCAACGACAGUGGAAUCCGUAACAACAUCCACAGGGUCUGAAACAUCAUCCGCAUCUGCUGCCACAACUACCACAACAACAACAUCCUCACCACAAACCACUAAUGAAGUUGUAAUGACAUCCACAUAUUCUAUGACAGCAAACAGUGUUGUUGAAACCACAACUGAAACUGCCAGUACAAACACAGAGUUUGCCACAAUAACUAUUGCUGGUUCCACACCAACGACAAUACUAUCAGAAACAACAUCCACUGGCACAGAAAUAUCAUCCACAUCUGCAGCCACAUCUAACACAGAGGAUUCCACAAAAAACACAGAGUCUCCUGCAUUGACCACAUUGUCUUCCACAGCAAUCACAUUCUCUCCAGAAACAACCACAGAGGCUGAAACUUCAUCCACAUUUGCUGCCACAACUGGCAAACAGUUUACCACAACAACCACAGAGACUGCCCGAACAACCACAGAGGUGUCCACAACUAACAAAGGGGUUGAAAUAUCAACCAUAUCUGGUUCCACAACUAACACAGAGGUUUCCAGAAAAAACACAGAGUCUUCCACAUUGACCAUUGUGGCUUCCACAGCAAAAACUUUCUCACCAGAAUCAACCACACAAGCUGAAACUUCAUCCACAUUUGCUGCCACAACUGGCAAACAGUUUGCCACAACAAACUCAGAGACCGUCCCAACAACCACAGAGGUGUCCACAACAACAAAAGGGGUUGUAAAUAUCAACCAUUUCUGGUGCCUCAACUAA